AUGUCCAAGCGAAUGGCGCCAGAAGGCCGGCGGAGCACGCUGGCCGUGGUGUGGCUUUGCGCAGCGUUGGGCUUCAACUCCUGGGCCUUCUCCGCGCUCUCGCAGCUCUCGCCGAGAUCUCCGAGAGGCGAUCGAGCGCUCAGACGUGCGGAGACUCAAACCGUCCAUAUCGAAGAGGCCACUGACAUGGAUCCCGACAGACUCUCGGCGCAGGAUUACCCCCAGCUGCUGUGCGGAAAGCUGCACAUGCUGACGGGCCGCACCAACGUCACAGCGGAGUGCCUCGAGUACAAGGUACUGGACGCGCGUGUGGGUACUGAAGUGCAGUUGAAGCUUCCUGUGCUGCAGUACUACCAAUACGUGCAAGGCAAGGGCCGCAUUCUGAGAAAGCGAAAGCUGCCAGCCUUCACAGCUACAGCCGAGAGCCUGCAAGCUGCGAAGGAGGCGGCGGCCAAGACGGCGUUGGAGUCCCUCUUUCGUCGGCUCAACACCACGGUGACCUCUAGCAACAACCGUGGCUUGGCCAAGCUCAUGGCCUCCGUCUUCUCCGAUGGCGUGGAGGUGGCAGAGGUCAGGUUUGAGGCCGACUACAACAACACCGAUCGAAGCCCAGGAAACAUCCUCUACAGCCUGGCCUAUCUCUCUCGGGAGUCCGAGCCAGAGGAGGCCUCGGAGAACUUCACGAAGCGGGUGCUGACGACCUCGCGGGCCAUCAAGCUGGGCAGCUGGCCCUGGACCCACCAGGUGGCGGUGCAGCACAAGCAGAGACUGGUCAUGCCGAAGAACGUGAGCGUGUUCAAGGUGGCGGUGAAAACGCCCCCGGAUGAUCUCUCCAAGCGGAUCUAUGAGGAGCUGCGGGCAAAGGACGCCGUGAAACUCCAGGUGGCCGGGACGUUGGCGGCGCAGCAGGCGCUGCUGGCGCUGGCGCGCCUGGAGAUCACGCACCGCUUCAGCUGCUACUUCAUGAAAUCCAACUUCGAAAACGUGACGGGUUUGGAAGUGCAAGUGGCUCGCCGAUGGCGGCCACUCUACUGA